GGGGCGGGGCCGGGGUCAGGUGACUGGGAGGCUCGCGCUGAGUGACGGUUAGCGGCGGCUGUGGGAGCAGUAACGGUAGCGAGGGCGGCGGUCUGGCGGGGCGGACGGCGGGGGCUCGGCCCGAGGGAGGCGCUAUGGCGACCACUGUCACUACUCAGCGGGGCCCGGUAUAUGUUGGAGAGCUUCCUCAAGAUUUUCUUCGCAUUACCCCAACCCAGCAGCAACAGCAAAUCCAGCUGGAUGCCCAGGCAGCACAGCAGCUACAGUAUGGAGGACCCAUGGGUACAGUAGGCAGACUCAGCAUUACUGUAGUACAGGCAAAAUUGGCAAAGAACUAUGGAAUGACCCGCAUGGAUCCAUAUUGUCGAAUACGGUUGGGUUAUGCUGUGUAUGAAACUCCAACAGCACAUAAUGGAGCCAAGAACCCCCGCUGGAACAAAGUUAUUCAGUGCACUGUUCCCCCGGGUGUGGACUCUUUUUAUCUAGAGAUAUUUGAUGAGCGGGCCUUUUCAAUGGAUGACCGCAUCGCUUGGACACACAUUACAAUUCCUGAGUCUCUGAAACAAGGAAAUGUGGAGGAUGAAUGGUAUAGCCUGAGCGGAAGACAGGGUGAUGACAAAGAAGGAAUGAUUAAUCUGGUUAUGUCGUACACGUCUUUGCCAGCUGCCAUGAUGAUGCAGCCCCAGCCAGUGGUCCUGAUGCCCACUGUAUAUCAGCAAGGAGUUGGAUAUGUGCCUAUAGCAGGGCUUGAGUACUUUGCUCUGGGGAUGCCUGCAGUCUGUAAUCCAGGCAUGGUACCAGUGGCAAUACCACCUCCUGCCGUCAAUCCUCAGCACCUGUGUAAUGAAGAGGACAUGAAAUCUAUCCAGGACAUGUUUCCUAACAUGGACAGGGAAGUAAUCCGCUCAGUGCUAGAAGCUCAGAGGGGGAACAAGGAUGCAGCUAUCAACUCCUUGCUUCAGAUGACUGAAGAAUCAUAAAUCCCCACUUCCUGCAUAGUCCCUGUCCUUGAUGCCACUUAUUUUUACUUGCCAAGCCAGGGAUUUAGCUAGAGGAAGAAAUUCCCAACAGCUUUCUGUUAGCACAUCCUCUGUGAAAGAUUAUACUCUUUUUUUUGUUGUUGUUGUUGUUUUGUUUUUUAAAUUUUCUUGGACAUUUGGAUCUUUUUCACUUUCUUUCUGAAUCUGUACAUACUCAGUUUAGCUUAUGUCCUACAAUAUAGCAUUGAAGCAUCUUUGCUAUCAGCUGUGCCGUGUGGCUAUAUUCUGAUGGGGUGGGGAGUAAUGCUGCUUUUUUUCUUUCUCCCUUUUCAUGAACUUGUUCUUAAAAAGUAACUCUAUGCAGUACAGGAUUUACUACUGUUUGUUAGACUGAAAAAAAAAAAAAAAAUCCAUGGAGGGUUUAUUCUUUAAACAUAACUGAUUUGUUAAAGUAUUAAGGUUUCAUCAAGCAACCUAUUUCUGCCAGAAAUUAAAAGAAAGACUCUUACCUUGUCCAGUGGUGUUUAGUUACUGCUGUGAUAUAUUGGGUUGUUUCUGAUUGAAGAUUUUUAAUUUAAUAAGCUAAAUUUCUUAGGUUGUGCUGUUGGUAUUUGUAAUGAGCAUCUUUCAUUCAAUCUAUUCAGCGGGCACCAAAGCAAUAUGUUAUCUGGUGUGUUUGGGGGGGGCUUUAUCUUCCCAUAUAGUAUUGUUAUGUAUCUGUAAAAUCUUAACAAGUAACUUUUAACUUGUACAGUAUGUAUUGCUGUGGCAGAGAACGGGACUGAGCUCUAAUGUACUCCCACAGUUAAUUACACUCUAACUACUGCUCAGAUUAGUGCAGAAGGAAAGAUAUUUAUACCUGGGAAAUUACUAAAACUGUAAAGAAUUUUAAAAAGCAGAAAUCUGUGAUCUGGUUAUAAGGCUUCUUUUUUUACACCUAUAUUUCAGCAAAAUUACCAUUUUAUAUUAGUGGAAAAGCUAUUGUAUUUUUUCCUGUAAUCUGAAAUAAGCUUCAGAAUCUUUGAAUGGCAUUGUGAGUUACUCAGUAACUCAUUUGACUACAGUUGCUGAAGUCAAUUUAUUAUUAUUUGAUGCAGAUGGAAAGAAAUUCUUUCCGAGAGAAAAUUUAACAUAUCUGAGUUGGUCUGAUCCUCAGAGGAGGCUGCAGGUUGUUUGUAUUUAUUGUUAGUGUUAUUUUUUUCAGAUAACAGUUCAUUUUGGAGCUGCAGAAUGUUACAGCAUGCAGCAGUUAUGCCUGUUGGAUAAAUUCCUGCGGUGUCUGUUUUUGUAGAUGGUAAAGUAAUGCACUUUAAAUAGUAUGCACCAAUUUAUUUUUCCAGGGAUGUGCAAUGUUGCUGUUUUAUCUUUCUAAUGCUUGAUUUCAAAUACUUUGACAAUAGCCAUAGACCUUUAUAUUUUCAAGACUUGGAAUGAAUGUACACUUGAAAUCUGGGCUCUUGAGUGAUUCAUGAGAACAUUAAAGCCAGGUUUUGAAUAGGGAAAAGGGACCCAUAUUCUCUUCUUCCCCAUACUUUGUUUCAUGUCCCACGCUUAAAAUAUUUUCUUUACUGAAAAACUGAUUUUAUUCACUCCCCUUCUCCCACCACCUACAUUCAAGAAGCCUUUAGGUAGCACUGGCAGUAGAGCAUGAAUUUUUUUAAAAAUCAGACUGAAACUUUUGAAAUACAGCACCAAAUAUCAUCCCAGUUUCUAACCUUUUAAAGCUGUCUUUUCAUAAUGCAUGAUUUUAAGUUUUGUUAUUCAUCUCUUACCAUCUUAAACUUACUGUUGAAAGCAUAAGUGUCUUUAUAUGUCCUUCAACUGGCUUUUCAAUAAUGAGAUUCAAGGCUAUAGUUUCCAUGUUCUUUAGUUGUAGAGUCACCACAUUUUUGUUUUCUAAAAUAAAACGGGUGUUUUUCAAGAGACUAGUCUUGCCUCUUCCCUGCAUUCAUGGUCAUUGUGAUUGGGUAGGUGUAGAGGCAUUUGGUAUUUAUAGCACAGUAAUUUGUGACAUCGUUACCCAAAAUGAUAAAUCUUCGUAAGGAUUUAAUGCUUAGAUAUCUCCAGGAAGAGUCCCUUGCUCUAACUUUUACGAAGAUAACAUGAAUUGCUAGGGAUGGAAUAAUUCAGGGAAAAUGUACAUAUUUACACUUUUAUAUUAAAACAUUGGGAUCCAUAGUACAGCUUUUUAUAAAAGCAAGUGGUCAUGGUUCAACUUAAUGGCUGGUAAAUUGUAUUGCAUCCUAUUACAGCUCAAUUUCCAAACCCAAAAUAAACAGUUUUCAAUCCUAAUCACCAGGAGGGAUAAGUGCAAAUAUAAGGUUAGUCAGGUUUAUUCAAAAACUAGACUCUGGGCCUUUGAGAGAGGCUCCUGUUCUUAGAAUUUUUUCAUUUGUUUUGUUCUAGGCAAAUGUUACGCAAAACAGGGUAGAUGUAUGAGUUGAAGAUGGGAUAUGUAGGAGCAGUAUGGCCAGUAGAUGAAUUUCAGCAUGUUAGAAUAUACUUAAAUAUUGGUUUGGGAUUUUUUUGUCCUGAUUUAAUUGAGCAUUAUAGCUGAAACUCUUAUGUCAAGAUGUUCUACUUAAGUCAAAAAGAACAAAACACUCAUCAUAAGCCUGUUCAACUUUUCAGCAUAUAUAUCCUCUCAAUCAAACUGUUCAUUGCCAGAUUUGAAUUGGAGAAAAAUCAAAAAAGGCAGGGAGUGUUUAGUUAUUCUAGGGUCUGUGUAAUUUAGGUAUUGGAACUGGAAGUCUGUUUCUUGAUUUAAAACAAAUUCUCACUUAUGAUUGUAGCUUUGGACAAAAUGGUAAUGGGAUAAUACUGUGUUUGCUGCUCUUCACCUCAACAGCUUCAAGCAGCUUGGAGCCAAAACCAGCUCUAUAAGACUGGCUUCUGCUAAAAGUUAGUGCUCUUAGUACUAGUUUGAGUCCUGCCAGUAACCUAAACUUGCUAAAGGUAGGAACAUUUUUUUGUCUAGCUAGAUCCUUGCUACCUUCUUCUCUACUGCUCUUUGCAUCUGCUAAUGGUACUGAAUGGUUUUGUUUGUUUGUUUUUUUCCCUUAAAAAUGUUAUUGCUUGUUUGGUUGAUAUGUAAUACUGUACAGAGGAUGUUUUUUGCUGUAGUAAUUCUGAAGACAUUGUUUCUCUGUAUUGCGUUCCGGUGUCCAAAUGUUUUUCUUGCACUCUAAAGUACAUUAACUUUUUCAUUCUAAUUUAAUAAAUGUAUCAUGUAAAUGAAA